GGCUAGUUUUCGAAAAAACCCAUACAAAAUUCCCUCUGAGGAAGUUUCUUCGCACACAGCUUUGCUCUGACAUCGGUUCUAAAGUUUUAAAUUAGUAAUACCUUUUUUCUUUUUUGAUUUUCUUUUUUACAUUAUUACUUAUGGUCCAUUUCUGUUCGCAUACUUUUCUGACUUCCACCGUACCUAAUGGAGAUCUCUAUAUAUGUAGAAGUAGUCUCACCUCAAUUUCUUGGCCAAUCUUGAAAAGUCUCCUUUCUUCAAGUACCCGAUCAAGCUGUUCCGAUAGAAUAUUAAGAAGAAGAAGAAGACGAAGAAGAAGAAAAGAAGAAGAAAUGGGAGGAGGCAACGGUCAAAAGUCGAAGAUGGCUCGUGAAAGGAACUUGGAGAAGCAAAAACAAAACAGAGGAAGUCAGCUUGAAUCAAACAAGAAAGCCAUGACGAUCCAGUGCAAGGUGUGCAUGCAGACAUUCAUUUGCACUACAACGGAGGUAAAAUGCAGGGAACAUGCUGAAGCAAAACAUCCCAAAUCUGAUGUUUAUGCAUGUUUCCCUCAUCUUAAGAAGUAAAAAACGAAGCCGUCUAAAGGAUUUCGAGAAGAAUAUGGUCAAAGCUUCAACUCUUUGUAUUUCAUUUUCAUGAGCAACUUGUUAGGUUGGGAAUGGCGAUUCGCAAAUGUAUACUUAUUCGAACUCUUUGUGGAUUAUAUUAUAUAAAUUACUGUUUCCUGUAGUCA